AUAUAAUUCAAAAUACAAUCAAAGGGGUUAGGGUUUUGACACAAUUCCUCANCACCCUUAUUUAUGAUAUCUCAGGAAGGCAUUUCUUUGCAGAAGAGUGGUUCAGCAUAACAGACAGCGAGAUGGGAACAAAGGCAAAGAAAGCUAUGAAGAAGAACAUGAAAAUGGCUUCCUCUAACCAGCCAUCUCAGGGUGGUGAUUUUUUGCCCUUGGAAGGUGGUCCUGCUCGCAAGAUCGCUGAACAGAAGCUGCCGGAGAAUACUUCCACGGUAUUGCAUGUGUCCAGGAUUCCGCACNGAUUCUAUGAGAAGGAGAUGGAAGGUUAUUUUGGGCAAUUUGGAACUAUCAAGAGGUUGAGAAUCGCCAGAAAUAAAAAGACAGGAAAAUCAAGACAUUUUGGGUACAUAGAAUUUGAAUCUCCUGAGGUAGCGAAAAUUGUAGCUGAUACUAUGCACAAUUAUCUCCUUUUUGAGCACCUUCUCCAAGUUCAUGUUGUACCUCCAGAGCAUGUUCAUUCAAGAUUGUAAGUUAUUAAUUAAUAUUUUUCCGGAUCUAUUUCCUUUUAAGGAGUCCAUUGUA